AUGCCUCGUCCGGGCAAGAGUUCCUACAGUGACCAGAAGCCGCCUUACUCGUACAUCUCGCUGACGGCAAUGGCCAUCCAGCACUCGGCCGAGAAGAUGCUCCCCUUGAGCGACAUCUACAAGUUCAUCAUGGAGCGCUUCCCUUACUACCGCGAGCACACGCAGCGCUGGCAAAACUCGCUGCGCCACAACCUCUCCUUCAACGACUGCUUCAUCAAAAUCCCGCGGCGGCCGGACCAGCCGGGCAAAGGCAGCUUCUGGGCGCUGCACCCGGACUGCGGGGACAUGUUCGAGAACGGCAGCUUCCUCCGGCGCAGAAAGCGCUUCAAGGUGCCGCGGCCGGAGCCCCACAUGCCGGCCGCGGGCAAGAGCGGACCGGUGCUGCACCCGCACCUCAGCCACUACUUCCACCCUCACCACCAGCCCCCUCCGGCUCCGCAGCCGCCCGCGCCAGGCAAGGCGCACCCGGACUCCGCUGUGGCUGCCGCCGCCGCCGCCGCCGCCGCCGUGGGAAGGCUGCCCCAGUUCCAACCCUACAGCCCCGCGCCCGGGUUCAAGCACCCCUUCGCCAUCGAGAACCUGAUCGGCCGAGACUACAAGGGCGUGAUUCAGAGCGGCGGGCUGCCCUUGGCCUCGGUGAUGCACCACCUGGGCUACCCGGUGGCCAGCCAGCAGAUCAGCACCAUGGUCAGCUCCGUCUGGCCCCACGUGGGCGUCAUGGAGCCGGUGGGUGGCGUGUCCCUCUCCCCAGGCGAGUACGGACCCUUCGGCAUGCCCAUGAAGGCCAUCUGCCACCCCUCCGCCCAGACUCUGCCUGCCAUUCCCGUGCCCAUCAAGCCCACCCCGGCUCUCCCCCCGGCACCCGCCAUCCCUGCCCUGGCAGUCAACCCGGCGGCACAGCAGCAGCUCUGCCCACCCCCUUCGCCCAGCUCGUCCUCUUCCCUCCUGGAACAGACGCCACCAAACUCUUCCGAUGGCAAAGGCUCCUUACAUUCUGCCUUGGUACAUUCCUAG